UUACGGAGGAAGGCGCGGGGUCCUUGGGUACCUCCCGGCCACCUGUCAGUCGGUGGCCGGUCGCGAGCUCGACAACAACCCGCGCGCGUCCGUCCCAGCGGGAACGCAGAGUCAGUGCACGCACCGCUUUGUGCUGUCAGCGAGACGGUUACGGCGAAGCAGCUGGCAGCGACCGCCGCUGUCCGGUAGCUCUGCCAGGGUUCGCCGGCAUUGCGCUCCGCCGCGCGCAACGCCGCUGGCGACCGACCUGCUGCGGGGACAGCAGUCAUUGCUCGUGUGCGUGGAGCCGUGUCAGUGUGAGCAGGUGAUUAGUGGCUAGCGAUGGGCGGCGUGACCUGAUUGCUGGAAUGUCGUCGCCGUGCUACAGAGGCCCGCCCAGACCUGGCAACGCUGCCGCGCCUCAGCCGCCGGUCUCAGCGGCCGCCGCCACUGCCGUGCGUAGCUCGCCCACGGAGCUAAGAGAUGGCACCACCCGUAUCCCGGCCAGGUGCGGGGGCACGUACUCUCUGGCGUGCGCGCGUGUCUCCGUGUCGCCGGUGGGAGGCAGCCACGCGGCGAACGACGCGCCGCCCCGCGGAGGCGCGCCAAACAACGAGGCGGACUGCUGCUGCGGAGUGGCGCAGCUGUUGCACUCCCGGAUCCCCACAGCCACCGACACGGCCGCUAUUAAUAGGCGCGCCGGUAUCUUUAGCCGCAUAAAUAGUAGCGAAGCGGCGCGCGCUCAGCCAGUGUCGGAUCUGCAGCCUCGCGUCUACCGGUCGACGUUCGAAUGGUCGCGCCUCGGUGAGGCGGGCGCCGUCGCCGUCGCCACCGCCCCCGCCCCCGCCGCCCCCAGCGCGCGGCGCGUCGCCGUGCGGACCAAGCCGCAGCUCCCCGCGUCCCUGCGGCCGCCGGCCACCUGCACCUCUGCCCACGCCGCCCUCGACGUGGCCGACGACGAGCAGCCGCGGCCCGGCGCCGCGCGCCGCAACGCGCUGGACCGGCUGCAGCGCUUCCGGCUGGAGCGCUCUGGCCGGAGGAGCCCCGCCCCCUCCACCCCCGCCUCGGCCACCACCGCCGCCGGCAGUGCGCACGCGCAGAACCCGAGCGCGGCCCCGCCCCCCGCCCCUCCGCCGCACCGCAAGAAGCCGCGUACCAAGCACGCCAAGGCGGCCACCGCCGCCCCCUCGACACUCAAGCAACUGCCCGUCCCCGUUACCGCGGAGGAGAAGCCGGCAGCGUCCUCGCCCGAGGACGAUAUCUUCAACUGUGUUAACUUGCGCUUGCCGAAACCCGAACCCCGCACCAUCGUCGGGUCCUACAUCCAGAGAAGCAUCCCCAUAAGGAGCGCGUCCUUCUCGCAGGUGGACUUCUCGCCGUCGGACGGGAAGUAUAUCCGGUGCGUGGCGCGCGCCAGCCCGUACGCGUCGCCAGCUGCGGCACCGCCGCCUGCGGCUGUACCACCUCCGACGGCGGCAGGUGGUUCCCUGACGCUGCCGCGCAAGCGAGCGCCAGCUGCCGACCUAGCCGUGCCCUCUACCGAAGAGCAAGUCGCGGGAGGCUCCACUCCCUCCGUAGACUCGGCCGUCGGCUCCGACGAAGGCCUCGUCGCCCCCACCUCGACGAUAUCUUGCGGUAAGCCGCCUGACGGUACCGCCUCGUCCGAGGCCUCGCACAAGCCGUCCGGAGCGCGGUCUCUGACGUAUCCACUACCGAGGAGGGGCUCGCGAUCCGACGACGACAUUCCCUUCACGUCCAUCGACGGCAACGGGCUAAAGAGCCUGCUGUGCACUCCAUUGAGCUCCUGCGCCGUCCGAGAGCUGCCCGAAGUCGCCGAGGAGAGCGAAACGUCACUGACCGACAGCGGCGUGGCGGCCAACGUUAGCGAGUUAGGAGAUAAGCAGCACCCAGAUACGCCGCCCGCGCCCGACACGUCCGCUCCCACAGCUGACGCGGAUGCGGACGCGGCCUGCCACCAAUCGAUCGGAACCGAGCCGUCCGUUACCGACGAACACCGAGAACUACCUGACGCGUCUGGCGACGUACAAAUGCUACGAGGACGAUUCCGGUGA